GGUCAGCUGCUCAUUCUGCACGGUCUCCAUCAGAGUCAUCAAGUACUCUGCAAGAAUCCGCUUCUGUACACCCAGUGCCCCAGAUGGUUGUGUAUGCCAGCUACUUACCACUCCAUUUGAGUGAACAGAAGAUUUCCAUACUUGGGCAGAUGGCUGAUUCAUCAGAGAAAUUGAGACAAUAUGGAUUAUCACACAUUUACAAUCAUCCAGUACUUGUGUCUAGGACUAGAUCAUGUCCACUAGUAACUCCACCAAAACCACUUCCUGUUCCACGAUGGAAACUUUUACAAAACAAAGAGGUGAACAUAACAGAUGAAGCCAAAGAGCACGUAGAAAAGAAACCUGACCAGUUUGUAGAAAUCAGCACACCUUUUCUGAACUUUCGACUAAAUCCACUUACUGUGCCAUCUGAAGGACAUAUUACUGGCACUUCCAGGAGAAGCUCCACUCUGAUGUCCAGUCUAGCAUCUGUCAGUGAGACUGAAGAGAUUGACCAGGAAAGCAAUACAGAC